ACCUCUGACAGCACUGUCAACGUCAGUGGGGACUUGUUGUCCUUUCCAGUUAUUGUUUUUUUAAUUCCGAUUCGGCUUGCGCCAAUUAAUUUAUCGAUGAAAGUGCUCUUUCGAAGUGGAACCAGUUUCUAAUCUCGCUAUUGAUCCUAUCUUAUCACGCAGGUAAACAAAAAAUGAGUUUCGGCGUGAUGAACGAAGUACGAUCAGGAUGACGUCCCUGUCCUCUCCAAACAUAAAUGAAAAGUUAACAAACAACGAAACUAAACCUUGUGGAAGUCCGCCGUCGAGUCCCAGGUGCAGCCCCAGGCCAAGCCCUCAACCCCAAACCAAGCAGGAGCAUCUUAAAAUUGACAUAGCUGGUGCAAACUCGAGAGAGAAUGUUUUCAAGCAUGAAGGGUCGCCCUCAAGCCAGGAGAGCUCCACUAGUCGAAUAAGCAGCGCCAGCAGCCUUGAACCGUCAUUUCCAACCGAUUUAAGGUCAGAUAUCCCUAUCAACAUCAAAGACAAAAAGGAUACUCGCACUAAGAAAAAGUCUUCUUGGUUCAACUCUUUCUACCCGACAUACAAGAGUCGAUCAGAGGACUUCAAAAAGCUUUUUGUGGACGUGCCAGGCGAUGAAAGGCUAGUAGUGGAUUACUCUUGUGCUCUACAAAAGGAAAUCUUGGUACAAGGCCGUCUGUACAUCACCCAGAAUUAUUUAUGCUUUUACGCCAAUAUUUUCGGUUGGGAAACCAAUUUGACUUUGAAAUGGAAGGACGUGGCUGCGAUUACGAAAGAGAAAACUGCCCUGGUAAUACCUAAUGCUGUGCUAAUAUGUACAAAAGCCGAGAAGUACUUCUUCACCAGCCUGGUGCAACGGGACAAGUCUUAUUUAAUGAUCUUCCGAAUAUGGCAGAAUGCUUUAAUGGAUCAACCAAUGUCUCAACAGGAGAUGUGGACAUGGGUUCACCAGUGCUAUGGCAGUGAAUUGGGUCUAACCAGCGACGACGAAGAUUAUAUAUCUCCAAAUCAAGACGAAGAUAAGUUAUCUUCCCGCUUAUCUGUGGAGUCGUUUAGUGAGGUUAUUGCCAGUCUAGAUACUGUAAUGGAUCACAUUGCUACUGAGGAUAAAAUGGAAGAUCCAAAAAAUUCUGGACAACACUCAUCCAGCCCUAACCAGUCAGUUAGUGGUGGAAACACCCAUACACAUACCGAGAAUUCCGAAUCGGAAACCGACAAACCCAUUAGCAUAAAGGAAUCCGUAAUCUUUGAAUGCACGUCUCCACAUGAAGGCAGAAUACUUCUAGAUGAAGUUUACCCGAUCCACUUGGACCAACUCUUCACCUUACUCUUUACCUCCUCAAAAUUCUACCUAGAUUUUCAUGCAUCUCGCAAGACUUCUGACCUUACUCAAACUCCAUGGACUCACAACCCUUUGGAUAAUAGCAAGAGUAGGGUUGUCAAUCUCACCAUGUCCCUGGGCCAGACUAUGGGGCCGAAAACAUGCCAGGUAACUGAACGUCACACAAUGCUGCCCUGCAGCAAAUCGGGCAGUCUCUACGCUGUAGACGUGGAAACAGUAAACGCCGGAAUUCCCUAUGCAGAUAGUUUUUACGUGACUGUUCACUACUGUCUCAGAAAAGUAUCGGAUACGCACAGUUCAAUUCAUGUAACCGGCCAGUUGAAGUUCAAAAAGAAUAUAUGGGGCCUGGUGAAGUCGAUGAUUGAACGCAACGUCUGGUCCGGUUUGGAGGACUUUUUCUCCAAACUGAAGGAAGCGUUGCAAACGGAGGGCGAGGACAACAUACCGGAACAGCGCAGAAAAUCGCGCCGCAAACGGCGAAUGCAUUCUAUGCCUCGAUACAGUAUUGAGGAUAUUCGGUUGAAUGUUCCGCGAAAACGAAUGCCCCAAGCAGGAGGAUUUUUUACCACCGAUGUCUGUACAGUCAUCGUUUUGGUGGUAUUGCUGAUUCUGCUGAUUUUAAAUGUGCUGCUCUACUACAAGCUCUGGUCCCUUGAAGAGGCGCCGCCCUCUUUCAAGCUGAUGGACUUCAGCACUCUGAAAAAUUCCCCAAAAUCGCACGACGAAUGGAUUGAACUGUUGCAACAGCAAGAAACAAUGCGCACCGCUGAGGCCCAGAAAUGGCAAUCCACUUUGAGACAUGUGGUGAAACUCCUGCGGGAAGCAGAAGAAGCUCUCGAGCAGCUGCAAAAGUCGAUUCAUCCCAACUAUUUGAGCAAAGUUCUGGAUGCUAUGCAGGAGGAGGGGUUGAAUAAUGGACAGGCCAACGGCGAGCUGUAAGUUUUACUGGGAAAAUUUCAUCCAGUACAAUAUUGAAGUAUUAAAAAUGUACCAAAGAACAUUUUGGAAUUGGAAAAAGCAUGAGUAAAUAUACUUUUAAUCGUCGUAGAGAGUGCAGAAAUCUAGGUGAUAAGCUGUAGAUGUAGGUUUCCUUUCCAUUAAUGCAUUUACAGUUUUUCAUGCCAUCAAAGAUCGUUAGUUUACAGGGGCUCUAAAAGUUGCCGAAAAACUGGGGCUAAAAACUUAAUCAUUUCGGAGAUGGGGUGAAACUCUCCCAACCCAAAUCGUUGGACACACAAAAAUGAGUUUGUUUUCAACAAAUGUUAAAACAGUUGAUUUUUUAUUAACUUACUGUCACUGCUACAAGAAUAAAAACGUUGCGAAAAACUGAGUAGAUUUAAAAUUAAAAUACAUUUAGAUUUAGAAAUUGGAUUCGCUUUGAAAGCAUGCUGACUAUUUCAAACUGCGUUUUCGACAUUUUAUAACAAAAUUUAUAGUAAAUUAAAUUUUCACACCAAAAAGUGGUUAGAAAUAUAUGAAAAUUCGAAAACUUUGUAUCAUCUUCAACAUCAUCCAUUUUUGAACUGAUCGUCCUAUUUUAGCCUCGGGAAUAUGAGGCACCGUUUUUUUGCACCUGUUAAAGACUCCCUGUAUAUAAAUUGUUAGAGUAACCUUUAUACAAGGCAAGGCAAGUGGAUUUCAUAGUUCAAUUGUUAUCCCCAAUUGCACGUUAGGCAAUUUUAGUCUAUUAAAGUUGGUCCACCUGUAUUGUUUAAAGACCACACCUACUUAGUCUUCAGAGUAAUGCUCAUUUUUCAGAGGUUGGUCUGGAAUAACUCCUGUUUAAGAAAGAGAUCCUAUUAAGAAAUGGUUUCGCUUUAAUUUUAAGAAAUUGUGAUAUACUUUUUAUUUGAUUUGUAAAUGGUAGACGUUUAGAAACCCCUGCAUGCGACUACCUGUAUUGAAGUUAGGCGGUGUUAGGUAGAGUCUAAGUUUAGCAUCUAAGUGUACACUUCUUUUGAGCGCACCAUGUACUAGGUAUCGAUAUUUUUGGCGUAAAUUAUGCAUUUAAGAGUAAUAAACAUCCAUCGAUACACAGAUGAUGAAGUAGGGUGAGGCGUAAUUUGGAAUUAUUUUAGAAGUGUAAUGAGCAAUAGAGGUACUAAAUUAUUUUUGCUUGUGUUAUUAUUUUUAUACUUUGAAACAUUGAAAAUUUUAGUAGUUUCAGCGUUAGUGCUGUGCCGGAUUGUGAAUCACUCUGUAUAGUUGGAUUCUGUGAACAGAUCAAUAUCAAACUUCUACUCUCAUUCACUAUUAUAAGUUAAAAAAACUCAGUCGUCUUUACUGUUGGCUGUUCAAGAAGUGUUACUGGUAUUUGACUAUAAAAUCGGCUGUUUGUAUUUGAAUUGUUGGUUAAUAUAUUUUUUUCAAUUA